AUUCCAUUGACAUCGAUGAGUUUGUUAAGUUGUUGGUCCUUUUUGUGGGAUAUUAUUAUAAGCAACGAUAAGCAUCUAUCAACUGUUACAGAAACCAAAGGUUGUCAGAGAAUUGAAACUAGGAUUUGUGAUUUACCCGACGAUUUGCUCUUGGGGAUCUUGGACCAUGUCCCAACAAAAGAUGCAGUCGCCACUUCAAUCCUGUCUAAACGAUGGCGUUAUGUCUGGACGAUGCUGCCUACACUCGAGUUCAAAGACGAUGGCAGCGAGAGCGUUGGAUGGUUUAUUGAAAACUCAUUGCAACUCCAUAAGGCACCGAAACUAGAUUGUUUGAUUGUCGAAGUCGGUCCACGCUGUCCUGUUGACUUAGAUGUUGGAAAGUGGGUUGAGAACGCAGUUAAUAGAGGUGUGCUAGGGUUAGAUUUCAAUCUCCUGUGGAACGCAGAGCCCACAAGCUUUCCUAAGGGCCUUUACACAUGCGACACACUCGUUGCUUUAACUCUAUCCAACCAGAUUCUAGUGGAUGUUUCUUACCAGGCUCGCCUACCAUCUCUCUUAAAGCUUGAUCUUAACUACGUGGUGUAUAAAGACGAAGACUCUCUUGUUAGGCUUUUAUCAAUCUCCCCUGUUCUCGAGUGCCUGAUGGUGAGUCGCCAUGUGAAUGACAACUUGAAGAACUUUACCGUGAAAGUUUCUUCCUUAAAAAUAUUAUUUUAUCAUCGUACUUGGCACAAUAAUGAGGUCGAGGGUAUUGAGAUUGAUGAUGUAGACUUUGAUGAGGAUGAGGUAGGUGAUAAUGAGGUAGACUUUGAUGAGGAUGUGGUCAAUGAGGUAGAGGAUGAUGAUGAUAAUCUAACUGAAUCGUUGGUAAUAGACUCCCCUGCAUUAACACAGCUGGACUUAACUGACGUUUGCAAAGGCUGCGAAGGCUAUUGCUUGACAGAGAAUAUGCCUUGCAUUGAUGUGGCAUACAUCUAUUAUGCUCAUAACCCCGAUGAGAAGUUUUUGAGAUCUCUUUCUUCGGUCGUACAUCUGCACUUAUUAUUUAUCAAAUCAAUGGUUGCGUGCUGUAACGCCAUCAAGUUCCCUCGGCUUAUAGAGCUGUACUUCUUUCCAGAUAAUUUGGUAGAUUGGUUGGAUCCACUUAUGUUUUUGCUUCAAAAUUCUCCUAAACUAGAAACUCUUACGAUUCGAAAUGAUUCCAGAGAUCUCCCACUUUCCUGGAACCAGCCGAGUUCUAUUCCAGGAUGCUUGUUGUCUCAUCUAGAGAUAUUGAGGUGGAAGGACUAUAGAGGAAGACAAUAUGAGAAACAACUAUUGGACUACAUUCUCGCAAACUCAAAGUGUUUAAAGACAGUGGAGAUCUCCCUCUUACCAACCUGCAAUCUUGAAGAGACACGACAGGAGUUAGAGUCUAUGCCUAGGAUUUCUACAUCAUCUCAACUUCUAAUCUCCACUCAAAUGGAAUGGAGGUUUAACGGAAUGACAUUGUCUUGA